AUGAAAUAUUUCGUGUAUUUGUUUUUUAUUUGUGCAUGUAUAACUUUGAAUGUUCUCAGUGAAGAGGAUGUUCUAUCAGACAAAAUUCAACAAUUAACACAAUGGUCACUUAAAAAACCAAUUAUUCGUCUAAAUAAUGAACAUUUUAAACAUUAUGUUAAGGCAUCAUCAAGAAAUUAUUCAAUGUUUAUUAUGUUUACAGCAUUAUCUCCACAACGACAAUGUAGUAUUUGCAAACAAGCAUAUGAUGAAUUUCAAAUAGUUGCACAAAGUUAUCGUUAUUCAAAUGCAUUUUCAAAUAGUGUGUUUUUUGGUAUGGUCGAUUUUGAUGAUGGAUCUGAUGCAUUUCAAUAUUUAAAAUUAAAUACAGCACCAGUAUUUAUUUAUUUUCCACCAAAAAUGAAACCUAAAAAAAGUGAUUAUAUGGAUCUUAGUCGUUCGGGAUUUUCUGCUGAACAAAUAAUAAAAUGGAUUCAUGAUCGUGCUGAUGUUGAAAUUCAAAUAUAUCGUCCACCAAAUUAUUCUGGAUUUUUACUCGUAAUAUUAAUGAUAACAAUGAUUCUUGGUUUACUUUAUGUUAAACGAGAUAGUUUCAAAUUUCUUUUUAAUCAUAUUGUAUGGGGAAUAUUUAUAAUCCUUGCUAUUUUAUUUUGUAUUUCGGGACAAAUUUGGAAUAGUAUACGUGGUCCACCUUUUACGCAUCGUAAUCCACAAACAGGACAAAGUGGCAUUGUUUGUUAUUUCAUCUCUGGACAAACAUGGAAUCUUAUAAAUGGACCACCAUUUAUGCCCCAAAAUAAAAAUAAUAUGGGAUUAUUUGCUGACGAUUCGAAUAUGCAAUAUAUUGCUGAAACAUAUAUAGUUCAAAUUCUUUUUUUUCUACAUUUUGGAGUUUCUAUUGGCGUUAUACUAUUAAAUGAAGCACCUAAAUUAAAAUCUCAAACGGGAAAACGAAAUAGUUUUGUGGCAGCUGUUGGUAUUGUAGUGGUCGUCAUUUUGUUUAGCUACUUACUUUCUAUUUUUCGAUCGAAAUAUCAAGGUUAUCCAUAUAGCUUUUUAAUCAAAUAA